AUGGGGGUAGACGGGGAAACAGUGGUCCUGAAGAACAUGCUCAUCGGGGUCAACCUGAUCCUUCUGGGCUCCCUGCUCAAGCCUUCCGAGUGUCAGCUGGAGGUCACCACCGAGAGGGUCCAGAGACAGGCGGUGGAGGAGGAAGGAGGUGUUGCCAGUUACAACGCCUCCGGCAAAGAGCGGCCGGUGGUCUUCAACCACGUGUACAACAUCAACGUGCCCCUGGACAGCCUCUGCUCCUCGGGGCUGGAGGCCUCGGCCGAGCAGGAGGUGAGUGCCGAAGACGAGGCAUUGACAGAGUACACGGGCCAGACCUCAGACCAUGAGAGCCAGGUCACCUUCACCCACAGGAUCAACCUCCCCAAAAAGGCCUGCCCGUGCGCCGGCUCCGCCCGGGUGCUGCAGGAGCUGCUGAGCCGGAUCGAGAUGCUGGAAAGGGAGGUGUCGGUGCUGCGGGACCAGUGCAACAGCAACUGCUGCCCGGAAAGCGCGGCCACAGGACAACUGGACUAUAUCCCUCACUGCAGCGGCCAUGGCAACUUCAGCCUCCAGUCCUGCGGCUGCAUCUGCAAUGAAGGCUGGUUUGGCAAGAACUGCUCUGAACCGUACUGCCCCCUGGACUGCUCCAGCCGGGGCGUGUGUGUGGAUGGCCAGUGCAUCUGUGACAGCGAGUACAGCGGGGGCGACUGCUCAGAGCUCCGGUGCCCAACGGACUGCAGCUCCCGGGGGCUCUGCGUGGACGGGGAGUGUGUCUGUGAAGAGCCUUACACGGGCAAGGACUGCAGCGAGCUGAGGUGCCCCGGGGACUGUUCGGGGAAGGGGAUAUGCACCAAUGGCACCUGUUUCUGCCAGGAGGGCUACGUGGGUGAGGACUGCAGCCAGCAGCGGUGUCUGAACGCCUGCAGUGGGCGAGGACACUGCCAGGAGGGGCUCUGCUUCUGUGAAGAGGGCUACCAGGGCCCUGACUGCUCGGCAGUUGCCCCUCCAGAGGACUUGCGAGUGGCUGGUAUCAGCGACAGGUCCAUUGAGCUGGAAUGGGACGGGCCGAUGGCAGUGACGGAAUAUGUGAUCUCUUACCAGCCGACGGCCCUGGGGGGCCUCCAGCUCCAGCGGCGGGUACCUGGAGAUUGGAGUGGUGUCACCAUCACGGAGCUGGAGCCAGGUCUCACCUACAACAUCAGCGUCUACGCUGUCAUUAGCAACAUCCUCAGCCUUCCCAUCACUGCCAAGGUGGCCACCCAUCUCUCUACCCCUCAAGGGCUACACUUCAAGACGAUCACGGAGACCACUGUAGAGGUGCAAUGGGAGCCCUUCUCAUUCUCCUUCGAUGGAUGGGAGAUCAGCUUCAUUCCAAAGAAUAAUGAAGGAGGGGUGAUUGCACAGCUCCCCAGUGAUGUAACAUCCUUCAAUCAGACAGGACUAAAGCCGGGGGAGGAAUACAUUGUCAAUGUGGUGGCUCUGAAAGAGCAAGCCCGGAGCCCCCCUACCUCGGCCAGCGUCUCUACCGUCAUUGAUGGGCCAACACAGAUCCUGGUUCGAGAUGUCUCGGACACCGUGGCCUUCGUGGAGUGGACCCCACCUCGAGCCAAAGUCGACUUCAUCCUCUUGAAGUAUGGCUUGGUGGGCGGGGAAGGCGGGAAGACCACUUUCCGGCUCCAGCCCCCACUGAGCCAAUACUCAGUGCAGGCCCUGCGGCCCGGCUCCCGCUAUGAGGUGUGGGUCAGUGCCGUCCGUGGGACCAACGAGAGCCAGUCCACGACCACCCAGUUCACAACAGAGAUUGACGCCCCCAAGAACCUGCGGGUUGGCUCCCACACGGCCACCAGCCUUGAUCUGGAGUGGGACAACAGUGAAGCAGAGGUCCAGGAGUACAAGGUCGUGUACAGCACCCUCGCGGGUGAGCAGUACCACGAGAUGCUGGUCCCCAAGAGUAUCGGUCCAACCACCAGAGCCACCCUCACAGAUUUGGUGCCUGGCACGGAGUAUGGAGUUGGAAUAUCCGCUGUCAUGAAUUCACAGCAAAGUGUACCAGCCACCAUGAAUGCCAGGACUGAACUCGAUAGUCCCCGAGACCUCAUGGUGACAGCCUCCUCGGAAACCUCCAUCUCCCUCAUCUGGACCAAGGCCAACGGCCCCAUUGACCACUACCGAAUUACCUUUACCCCGUCCUCCGGGAUUGCCUCAGAAGUCACUGUGCCCAAGGACAGAACCUCAUACACACUGACAGAUCUAGAGCCUGGGGCAGAGUACAUCAUUUCAAUCACUGCUGAGAGGGGUCGGCAGCAAAGCUUCGAAUCCACCGUGGAUGCCUUCACAGGCUUCCGCCCCAUCUCCCAUUUGCACUUUUCUCACGUGACCUCCUCCAGCGUAAACAUAACCUGGAGUGACCCAUCCCCUCCAGCAGACAGACUCAUUCUGAACUACAGCCCUCGGGAUGAAGAGGAAGAGAUGACAGAGAUCUCCCUGGAAGCUACCAAGAGGCACACUGUCCUGAUGGGUCUGCAGCCAGCCACCGAGUACAUCGUGAACCUGGUGGCAGUCCAUGGCACAGUGACCUCUGAACCCAUUGUGGGCUCCAUCACCACAGGAAUUGAUCCCCCCAAAGACAUCACAGUUAGCAAUGUGACCAAGGACUCAGUUAUGGUCUCCUGGAGCCCUCCUGUUGCAUCAUUUGAUUACUACCGAGUAUCGUAUCGGCCAACACAAGUGGGACGGCUGGACAGCUCAGUGGUGCCCAACACGGUGACAGAAUUCACCAUCACCAAGUUGUAUCCAGCCACUGAAUAUGAAAUAAGUCUCAACAGUGUGCGGGGCAGAGAGGAGAGUGAGCGCGUCUGCACCCUCAUUCACACAGCCAUGGACAACCCUGUGGAUCUGAUCGCCACCAACAUCACUCCAACAGAAGCCCUACUGCAGUGGAAGGCACCAGUGAGUGAAGUGGAGAACUAUGUCAUUGUUCUCACACACUUUGCAGUUGCUGGAGAGACCAUCCUGGUUGACGGAGGCAGUGAGGGAUUCCAGCUCGUUGGCCUGCUUCCCAGCACCCACUAUACUGUCACUAUGUAUGCCACCAGUGGACCUCUCACCAGUGGUACCAUCAGCACCAACUUCUCUACCCUCCUGGACCCUCCUGCAAACCUGACGGCCAGUGAAGUCACCAGACAAAGUGCUCUGAUCUCCUGGCAGCCUCCCAGAGCAGAGAUUGAAAACUACAUCUUAACCUACAAAUCCACUGAUGGAAGCCGCAAGGAGCUGAUUGUGGACGCAGAGGACACGUGGAUCCGACUGGAGGGCCUUUCUGAGAGCACAGACUACACGGUGCUCCUGCAGGCGGCCCAGGACACUGCCCGGAGCAGCCUCACCUCCACCACCUUCAUCACAGGGGGCCGGGUGUUUCCUCAUCCUCAAGACUGUGCCCAGCAUUUGAUGAAUGGAGACACUCUGAGUGGGGUUUACACCAUCUUCCUCAAUGGAGAGCUAAGCCGGAAGUUACAGGUGUACUGCGAUAUGACCACCGAUGGGGGUGGCUGGAUUGUAUUCCAGAGACGGCAGAAUGGCCAAACCGAUUUUUUCCGGAAAUGGGCUGAGUACCGUGUUGGCUUCGGGAACCUGGAGGAUGAGUUUUGGCUGGGGCUGGAUAACAUACACAGGAUCACAUCCCAGGGCCGCUACGAGCUGCGUGUGGACAUGCGUGACGGCCAGGAGGCCGCCUUCGCCUACUAUGACAAGUUCUCUGUGGAGGACGGCAGAAACCUGUACAAACUGCGCCUGGGAGUCUACAAUGGCACCGCAGGGGACUCCCUCAGCUAUCAUCAGGGACGCCCUUUCUCCACAGAGGACAGAGACAAUGAUGUUGCAGUUACCAACUGCGCCAUGUCAUACAAGGGGGCCUGGUGGUACAAGAACUGCCACCGGACCAACCUCAAUGGGAAAUAUGGAGAGUCCAGGCACAGUCAGGGUAUCAACUGGUACCAUUGGAAAGGCCACGAGCUCUCCAUCCCUUUUGUGGAAAUGAAGAUGCGCCCUUACAGCCACCGUCUCACGGCGGGGAGGAAACGGCGGUCCUUGCAGUUCUGA